AUGAAGCUGGAGAGCAUCCCAGCCGACAUGAGUGAAUGGAGAGAGGCGGACUUUGCCUUCAACUGCACCUACAUUGUGCCAGACCAGGUCUCGGACCCUAGCUUCAGCCUACCCAAAGCCAUGACCUCCAUCCCGCGCAACCUCACAUUCGAAUAUGGUGCAGACAAUGAGGUCAAAGGGGUGUUUAGCAAAGAAUACAUUCCCCAGGGGACUCGCUUUGGCCCCCUGCAGGGAGACAUCUACACCAAAGACAACGUCCCCAAACAAGCCAACAGGAAAUACUUCUGGAGGAUCUACAACGGAGGGCAUCUUCACCACUUCAUCGAUGGCUAUGAUGUCCACAGAAGCAACUGGAUGCGUUACGUCAAUCCGGCCCACUCGCUGUCCGAACAGAACCUGGUGGCGUGCCAGAACGAUCGCGACAUCUACUUCUACACCAUCCAGCCGGUGGAGGCCAGGCAAGAACUUCUAGUCUGGUACAGCCCGGAGUUUGCUCAGAGACUCUGCAGCCAGCAGGACGAUGUCAAACAAAAACAUGUAAGUGCAGACGAGGACAAUGAGCCAGAGUACAAACAGCACCUACCCCAGCAAACCUGGCUUCGGGAGAAAUCAAGGGCAGAGGUGAAAGAGGAGAAAACUGAGGAAGGAGAGGACAAGAUUGACGUGGAGGUGUUAGAAAGAGACACGCCGCCUGAUACACCAGAUGACCAGAUCAUGGACUACAGCCGAAAAGUUGACAGGAAAGAGACGGGAGAUAGAGAUGAAGAAGGCUGCGGUGCCAUCCCCUCCCCUCAGCCCGGACACAAUGAGCCUGGCUUUGGCUUGACUCACCCAUACCUCCCUGACCACCACUCUGCAUUGCCCACACCACAUCGGGACAUCCCCCUCCACCUCCAUGGCCUCUAUGGCCACAGAGAGGGACUUGUGUCAUCCUACCCACUGUAUCCCCAUUCCAGACCCCUCCAGCCCCCCUACCAGCUCCUACCUCCCUACAGUCCCCAUUACUCUCGUCUCAUCCUUCCCCAGUACUCCCCUCCUUUCCCUGGGGUGCUGCCCUCUAGAGGGCCCCUCCAGUAUAAUAACUAUCUGGGACGUGAUAGACUCCCAUAUCCCCAAAUGGGUCAGCCAGGUCUGCUGCCAGUGUCUCUGUCCUAUCCUGGCCCACCCCAGAGGGGGCUGAAGGAAAGGACACCUAACAUGUCGCCCCCCUGCGGUGCACCAGCCACCCCAGAGCUCUCCCCGCUCCCUAAACCCAACAGCCAGCAACAGAGCCCACCGCAGUCUCCCAUGGGCUGCGAGGAGGCUAUGAACCUCAGCUUGGCCACAACCAAAAAAAACCCAGCACCUCGCAAUGGCCCUGGCUACAAAUCUCUGCCCUAUCCUCUGAAGAAGCAGAAUGGGAAGAUUAUAUAUGAGUGUAAUAUCUGCCUUAAGACCUUCGGACAGCUUUCUAACCUCAAGGUUCACCUGCGAGUGCAUAGUGGUGAAAAGCCAUUCGAGUGUAACCUGUGUAAGAAGAGCUUCACUCAGCUGGCCCACCUCCAGAAACACCACCUGGUCCACACAGGAGAAAAGCCACACGAAUGCCAGGUGUGUCACAAACGCUUCAGCAGCACCAGCAAUUUAAAGACCCACCUACGACUCCAUUCUGGUGAGAAGCCGUACCAGUGCAAGCUGUGCAACACCAAAUUCACCCAGUACAUCCACCUCAAGCUGCACCGUCGCCUCCACAGCUCACGGGACUGCCCUUACCGCUGCCAGCUCUGCACCCAGGCUUUCUUCCACCGCUUCUCCCUCCACAUCCACCAGCGCAGUUUUUGCUCGGCCAACUCGACCACCAAUGUCAAUGCGCACAUGAAAGAGAUGGUGGAGCGGUUUGAUGCCAGCCAGGAGGCAGAUGCCCUCCCAGAGGUGGCCACCGCAGCGCAGGUGGAGGCCGCCGUGGUGCGCUGGGUUAACAAUACCCUGGAGGGCUGCGAGGGGAAGGAGGACCAGAAGGAGGCCAACCUACUGCUGAAGGUCCUGACAGCUGCCAUUAACGCCCCAGUUACACCAGUGUCCCAACCGGCGGCGCUCACAUCGCAUCACAGUCCUCAGCUGCCCUACCAGGAGAGGGCGAGCGUGGUUCAUCUUUAUAAACGUCCAGUGGUAAAAACAGAAGGACUGUGAGGAGAAAGGGAAAGAAAAACUUGUACAGAGAGGAUGGAUGGGCAUUUAGUGUAUAGUAGAAGUUCGCAUACUUUAGUCAUCUCCUCUAAACUAAAGAGAUAUCACCAAAUAAAAACGCCCUGUUUUCUCAUUAUGGGACACCAUAGGGAAGAAAGACAGUCCACAAGCCAAUGAGCGCAAUACCAAAAGAAGAGCAUCCCAAAGACUGGGCUCGUACUGUAUUCAGUCAUUGCACUUCCACCCUUAACUCUACUCAGCUAUGAACAAAGAAAAGAGAGAGGGCGGGUGUUUUAUUCAUUGCUGUGAAGUUCCUAAAACUGUUUUCGCUCAGGUAGACAAGUAUUUGCUUUUUUUUUUGUGCUUUAACUUAUUACUUUUUUCUUUUCUUUUUUUGAGGCAUUGUGUCAUUGAUAUUUAUUUAGUUGACUCACCUGUUUUUCUGCUUGUGCUCUCCUUGUAACUGUUGAAAUUACCUGGGAAACGUGACCCCAUAAUCCACAAUAGGGUUCACCAGAAUUCAGGAACAAGCCUAUGAGUG